UUUCAAUUCUUAAGAAGUGCUUGUUAGAAUGCUAUAUUGCCUGCUAUUUGCAUUUCAUCUGUACCUUAUAAAACGGCAAUCGGGAAUAUGAGAGGACAUUUGUUACUUCAUUUAAUUUUUCAAGUUGUUCUGCUGUAUGGCGCUUUGGCAUGGGAAGUGAGAAUGCCAAAGGAAAUCCAUGGCCUCAAAGGUUCUUGUCUGGUUAUACCAUGUUCUUUCAGCUACACGGCAUACCCACCCGCAAAUCCACGUAGAGUUGUGUGGUAUCAGUGGGUCUCUAAAGGUUAUCCUUUAGUUUACGACCCAUGGUAUCCAAAUAAUGUCAUUGAAAAAUUUAAAGGAAAUACUGAUUUAUAUGGAAACUCAAGCUGGGAUUGCAGUCUGCUGAUCAAAAACCUGGAACCAUCCCAUCAUGGAGAGAAAUUAUACACAUGGAUUGACCCUGAAACUGUUGGAAAGAGCACCUACUCAUUUUAUGAUGUCUCUUCUACAAUUCUAGUUGAUGCAGAUCCACAGUUCCCCAGCAUCAAUAUUUAUGGAGGUGAAAGAUCAGGUGAAACCAUCACAGUAGUGUGUUCAGCUUUCCACACGUGUCCAUACAGCAAACCAACCAUCACUCUGAAUGGUAUAGAAGGAUCUGAUCAAAUAGACAAUGAGCAUUUUAAAGACGGCCUGUGGAAAAUCACCCUGACACGCACAGGUGUUGUAAAGGCAGAAAGCUCGACCAUUGAGUGUUCUGUAACCUAUCAUGGUGGCAUAACAGUGACAGCUACAAAAGACAAAAAUGCACAGUCCCGUGUCCAUAAAGAUGCAGACUCGACACACACUGGACUGAAGACUACUGGGCUUUACAUACUAGCUCCAACACUUGUGUUUCUCCUCACUUGCAUAAUUACUGCAUUCAUCGUAUACAAGAAACGGCACCGACAGCCUCUUAAUGAUAUGCAAGGGUCAUUAACACCAUUUGAAAAGAGGUAUGUAUGA